GGUGAAAACGGAGGAACGGUCGGGGAUGGUUUUGAGGAGAUGAACGUAGCGCCAAACGUAUGAAGCCUCCAACGUAUCCACACGAACUUGCUCCAGAGUCCAAGAUUAAACUUGUGCUAGCAAGUUUAAUAUAGGAUAGUAAAAACUAUAAUAAUACUACUUUGGGAAUUUUGAGAUAGUGCAUUUUCAAAGGAUUAUGGUGCAUUUCAACGUGAUGCAUUUUCAAACCAUUUUGAUGCAAUCCUGACCCUUAGAUCUCUCAAUCUAAAGCACCAGAUUCAUUCUUAUUUCUUUCAUAAGAUUUCAUUCUCACCAGAACCAAUAUAUAUAUAUAAAAUAAAUAUAUUUUUCUCUAUCUAAGCUUCCUUUGCUCUCCUGAUGUCGGUGACCAGUUCCGGGGGAGCUUCCGGCCAACCUCCGUCAUCCACUCCCUCUAGCUCUCAUCCCAACUCAAGCAACCAAUCCCUCCAUGGAAAAUCUUCAGCCCCACUGCUUCAGGCAGCCUCUUAUCCUAACAAACCUGGCCUCUUCAAAGGUCUCAAACCUGGGAAGAGUUACGCAGCAGCAACCAUUGCACAAGCUAACCAGGUAACCACCAUCAACCUCCCUCAUAGAUCAGUUGAUAAGUUCAAAGGUCUUCCAUGCAUCUCCUUCUCCAAAGAAGAGGUUGAAAACCUUGCUGCCAAAUUCUCUAAAGCCCUUGUUGGAACCUUCUUUUUUAACAGACCAAGUCUGGACUUCAUUCGAACCACUUUGGAGAGAAUGGGAUUCAUUGGCUUUUCUGUUACUCUCAUAGACUCCACACACAUUCUCUUAAACUUCUCCAGCGAUGAUGAUUUCCAUCGCUGUUUUAAGCAAAGGGAAUGGUCCCUGGGAGCUUACAAAAUGCUUAUCUCGAAAUGGACUCCCAAUUUUGAUCCCAAUAUUGAAUCACCUAUCAUGCCCAUUUGGAUUUCUAUCAAAAACCUACCUAUUCACUUCCAUGCCAAAGAAUCAUUGAUGCAAAUUGCCAGAAUCUUUGGUAAUCCAAUCAAACUUGAUAGCACCACUAAAAACUUUGGCAGACCUUCAAUUGCAAGAAUCUGUGUUGAAGUGGAUAUCUCACAGCCUCAAACCAACAAAUUCGUCAUUCUCAAUGGAGAACAACCAGUGCUUUUAGAAGCGUUCUAUGAAGAAGUUCCUCUUUUCUGUCCAGAAUGCAAAGGGAUCUCCAGGCAUAAGGAAUCUUAUCAAAUCCUCACUGCUCACCUAACUUGCCACAUUUCAAACCUGGAAAUCUUCAUCAGUGGCAUCUAUGGAAAACACACCAUUGAAGAAAGAAAAGAUCUUUGGGGUUCAAUCAUGGCUCACAGCAAAAAAGAGACUCAGGCCUGGAUUCUUGGAGGGGAUUUCAACACCAUCACCUCUUUGGACCACUAUAAAGGCAAAAGCUCCCCCAAUCUGCAAGGUAUCCAAGAAUUUGAUCACUGCAUCAUGGAAAGUGGUCUCAUUUCUCCCCCAUUCUCAGGCAACCCCUUUACAUGGACUGGAAUCAGAUCCUUGGGCAGGGUCUGGAAAAGGCUAGACAGGGUUUUUGUUAACAACACCUUUCUAGACAAUUUCCAAGAGAUUAACUCCAUGCAUAUUUCUAGGGGAACUUCAGAUCACUGUCCUAUUUUGGUAAAAGCUUCUAAUCCCACCUUUAAUGGUCCAAGACCAUUCAGAUUCCUCAACUGCUGGCCAAAUCACCCUACCUUUAAAGCUCUCAUAAGCAGAAACUGGGGCAAAUACUCUGGAGGAGGCAUGAGGGGUCUUAUGAAUAAAUUGUUCAAUCUUAGAAAGGAACUUCAUGCUUGGAACGGGACAGUCUUUGGGAAUAUUUUCAGCAAAACAAAAGAUCUUGAAUCCUCAGUGCUUGAAGCAGAACUUCUUUAUGAUGAAAAUCCCUCUACUGAAAAUAGAUCCCAUCUUCAUCAUCAAAAAGCACUUCUUAUUCAAGCAACAAAUAAUGAGUUCACUUACUGGAAGCAGAAAGCAAGCAUCAAAUGGAUUAGAGAAGGAGACUGUAACACCUCCUUUUUUCAUUCUAUUGUUAAAGAAAGAAGGAUUUCUCAAAAGAUUCAUAAAAUCAGGUCUGGGGAUGGUCAGUGGAUUCAAGACAAGGAUGACUUGCUUAAAGAGGCCAACUUCUAUUUCCAGCAACUCUACUCUAAAAAGGACAGUGAAAAUACUGAGGAUUUCCUCUCACACAUCCCAAACCUCCUCACUGUUGAUGACAACAGUCUGCUUACCCAACUCCCUAAUGAGAAAGAAGUCAAAGAUGCCAUCUGGAAUCUGGACCCCCAAAGUGUUGCAGGCCCUGAUGGAUUCACUGGAGAAUUCUACAAAAGUUGCUAGGAUAUUAUCCAGGAAGAUGUGGUAAAAGCAGUUCAGGAAUUCUUUCUAGGAAUCCCUACUCCUAAAAGUUUAAAUGAAUGCUCCAUUAUCCU